AUGAUAGACUUUGAUACACUAAGUUAUUGCACAUACGAUGCGCUUGCGCAUCCUCUCCAGCAAGAUUCUCGUUAUGGAGCUGGACACAGUUUGCUGGCACAUUGCCUGGUCUUCCUUGGAGUGUCAGAGACAGAUACCGUAUGUGUGAUCAAAGAGAGACACCAAGGUGAAACAUCCACGUCACUUGAAGUGGGGAGCUUGCUGAUGCUUCAUAAAGCCAUUGAAAAUUAUAAAGCCAGUUCGGAAAUUGAUCUAGCUGCUCAACAGGAAGCGAGGAAUAUAUUAAAGCGCAUGACUUCUCUUCCCGAUCGUUACCAUGUUUCAAUAAGCCUGACUUCAAAGCCUUUCGAGGCUCUUGCAGUUUAA